AUGUCGCAGCUGGUUGUUGAGGACGAUGAAGAGUCGGAUUACAUGCCUCCUCCUUUGGGAAGAGAGCACUUCAGUUUAGAAGCACUAAAUAGAAAUAUCAGCAUGUUAACAGAUGGAAGGGUCAGCCAAAUCCGAUUCCAGCUUACUCGACCACUUGUUGAGUGUGCAAAGAGUACGCAAGUGUAUGCAGAUGAUACCAGCCUGACGUUUGCCAGUACUGACGUCGAGCAUAUAAAUUAUUGCCUUAAUCACGACCUGAGCAAUGUGUACGAAUGGCUCUCUGCUAACAAACUUACCUUGAAUAUGACAAAAACUGAGUUCAUGCUUAUUGCAUCAAAUCAGAAGUUAUCACAAUUUACGGAAAGUCCCUCUCUUUUUAUAAACGAAAACGCAAUCGAACAAGUAACCUCCGCUAAAUCCCUUGGAGUUUAUGUCGAUCAAAAUAUAAAUUGGAAGUGUCAUAUUGAAAACAUCUCUAAGAAGAUAGCUUGUGCCAUUCGUGCGAUUAAACGAAUUCGGCAUCUCACUCCAUUUAAUGUUUUAAUUAAAGUUUAUAAUAACCUUAUUCAACCACAUUUUGAUUAUUGUAACGUAGUGUGGGGAAACUGUAACAAAGGCCUUUCUGAAAAACUACAAAGGCUGCAAAAGCGGCCAACUCGUAUCCUAAUGACACCUGAUUAUCUGAGAUCAAGAUUUGUAUAUCGUGACAGUGUAAGUGCGUAUCGUUUAAGGAAUACCGAAAACAAAUUAGUUCUUCCCCAACCUCGAACUGACUAUCUCAAGAGAAGUUUUUUGUACAGUGGAGUUCAAUUGUGGAAAAACUUACCUAUAGACCUAAGACAAGCGUCUUCGCUGACUGAUUUUAAAUCUAAAUUAAGUCUCCACAGUUUAAAUGUUGACAGGCAUGUCUAUUUAAUGGAUGAACAGCACUGUUAA